ACCGCAACCCUAAAAGUCACAAAUUGUCGCUGGCAAAAAUGUCUCCAACUAAAUUAUCCUCUUCCCUGCUAAUUUUUCUCGUAUCCAUGGUAACCAUUGGAUACGCGUUAGAUUGCAGUAACAUCCAUUACAAGGAGUCUGAAGGAGUUUUGAAUUAUUUGGCCAAUGUGACAUUUACCGUUCCCUACACGACGAGCGGAUGGAGGUUCUAUUUCCAAUUCGACCGGAAUUUUACUGGAAUUGGGGUGUGGGACGGUUUCAUUCAAACGAAUGGUGACGCAGGGAGCGCAAUUAUGACGAACAAGACGAGCAAUGGAGAAUUGACCAGAGGCGAUGAAUUCAGUUUCAGAUUCCGAAUUAAUUGGAGUGAAGUUACUCCGGCGAAAAAUCCCCCAGUUUUGGAACGCUUUGGAGUUGGGGAUGUCGAAUUGUGCUUGUAAUUCGGAAAUUUAAUGAAGAAUUAUUUAUUGUUCGGUUGUUUCCACCCAUGGUUACGAAGGAAAUAAAGAAUGUCAUUCUUCAUGUACUGCA